GCGGGGUGAGAGAGGCGGUGCGUGCGCUGGGCACGCCGGCAGUGGUUGCGUGGGGUUGGCAGCAGCAGGUGAGGCAGAACUUGAGUACGCGGUAAGGCUAUCCUGUGAAGCUGCUUUCACGGUUGUUGGAGCCCCGCUGUGUCCUGGGUUUUUUUCCAUGCCAGUUAUGACCACCUGAACAACACUGCAUUGGGAGUCUCUAAACCUAACAACGUCUCCUGCUUUUCCAGUUUGGGAGCCUGGAGUCAAGUGCCCUUUGGUGGUUCUGGCCUUAGUAUCUGACUUAAACAGUAAAGGAAGAGACAGAUUUGCAUGCUGUCUUGUCAUACCUUGCUCAGCUGCUGGCCCGUUAGCAGUUUCAGAGAAAACUGCAUUCCCAGAGUUGGCUUUCUAUUUGAUUUGAGUUUGUUGAAAUGAGCAGCCGUAAAUCAAAAAAUAACAGCUUAAUACAUGCAGAGUGCCUUUCACAGGUGCAAAGAAUUUUUCGUGAAAGGUUUUGUCAUCAAAGUCCACAUGGUAACCUAUUUGGAGUACAGGUACAAUACAAACACUUAAUUGAGCUGCUAAAAAGAACUGCUAUCCAGGGAGAAAGUAACUCUGUACUCAUUAUUGGACCACGAGGAUCAGGAAAGACCAUGAUCGUAAAUCAUGCUUUGGAGGAACUGAUGGAAAUAGAAGAAGUGAGUGAAAAUGUACUCCAAGUUCAUCUGAAUGGAUUGCUGCAGAUCAAUGAUAAAAUUGCCCUGAAGGAAAUUACAAGGCAGUUAAGUUUGGAAAAUGUAGUUGGAGAUAAAGUUUUUGGAAGCUUUGCAGAAAACCUCUCAUUUCUUCUGGAAGCAUUAAAAAAGGGUGACCGGACUAGCAGUUGCCCAGUGAUCUUCGUAUUAGAUGAAUUUGAUCUUUUUGCUCAUCAUAGAAACCAAACACUCCUCUAUAAUCUUUUUGACAUUUCUCAGUCGGCACACACUCCAAUAGCAGUUAUUGGUCUCACGUGUAGAUUGGAUAUUUUGGAACUCUUAGAAAAAAGAGUGAAGUCACGAUUUUCCCACCGGCAAAUACAUUUAAUGAAUUCAUUUGGUUUUCCACAGUAUCUUAAAAUAUUUAAAGAACAAUUAUCUCUACCUGCAGAAUUUCCAGACAAGCUUUUUACUGAGAAAUGGAAUGAGAAUGUUCAGUGUCUCUCAGAAGAUACAAGUGUACGAGAAGUACUACAGAAGCAUUUCAAUGUCAGCAAAAACCUGCGGUCAUUACACAUGCUAUUGAUGCUUGCUUUAAAUCAUGUAACAACAUCACACCCAUUUAUGACUGCAGCAGAUCUGAUGGAGGCAAACCAGUUGUGUAGCAUGGACUCUAAAGCAAAUAUUGUACAUGGUCUGUCUGUCUUGGAAAUCUGUCUUAUAAUAGCGAUGAAACAUUUAAAUGACAUCUAUGAAGAUGAGCCCUUUAAUUUUCAAAUGGUCUAUAAUGAGUUUCAGAAGUUUGUUCAAAGGAGAGCCCAUUCUGUGUAUAACUUUGAGAAACCUGUUGUUAUGAAGGCUUUUGAACACUUACAACAGCUAGAAUUAAUAAAGCCUAUGGAAAGAACGUCUGUGAAUGCACAAAGAGAGUACCAGCUGAUGAAACUCCUUUUGGAUAACACUCAAAUUAUGAAUGCUCUACAGAAAUACCCCAACUGUCCCACAGAUGUUAGGCAAUGGGCAACAUCCUCACUAAGCUGGUUAUGAAUGUGGUCAGUGACUUCAGUAUUGGAAUUCCAGGCAUACUUCUCUAAAGAACUAAGAGCUAUUGUCUUUGACAAGAUAUGUUACUAUAGUUUCUUAUAUUUAUAAACAUGUAUUUUUGUAUUUAUGGAAGACCUGCACAUGAAGCAUUUUAGCUGUGUCUUGCCUUUAAAUCAUGAGCAUUGUUACAUGAUUUAUAAUUCUAGUGAUUGAUUUAUAUUAUGUUGUAAGUAGCAGUUCAAAAGAAUAAAAUGUGACUAUUUUAGGAAUUGGACCAUACGCUUUUUUAACACCUACAAAGUAUUUAUGUGUUAUAUUUGAAAAGUUCAUUUCAGCCCAGCAGCCAGAUGUUUUUACAGACCCUUAAACCAAAGCAGCACAGAAACAUUGGUAAGUUGAGAUGCAAUGGAUAAUCUUUUGGUCCAGUUUCUACUGCAUUUCUUCCUGUAUACAUGGAAAUUCUGAAUUCUAUCCCAGACCCAGGUUUUUUGUUCAGGAGACUUACCAAUUUUGCCAGAGGAUGGAUCACAUGUAAGAGAGAAAAGGUGAGGGAGUUUGAACAGUUUCUUUCAGACUUUUCAAAAUACAGCUCUCAUACAGUCUGCAUCAGAAUCCCUUACAGGAUUUUUUUUUUUUUUAAUGCAGAUUCAUAGGCCUAUCCUCGGCCAAAAUAAUUAGAAUUUGCCUUUUUAGCAAAUACUUUAGGAGAUAUCUAGAAAACCACUACCACAAAUAACGGUAAGUCUUUGGCAGUGUUAGUUAAAUUUAUUUGUAUAAAAGAUAAAUCCCUAAGAGGAAUGUGGAAAUGUCAGUGGAAACAUCGCCUUAUAAUUCAGGCAUACAUAAACUCACACAGGUAUGUUUAAAAUGAAAUUUAAUAAGCACUCAGUUAAUAUUAAUGACUCAAUUUAUUCAAGAAUAUUUGUUUGCCUAUUGUGUACAUAGGCAAAAGAGACCCCAGCAGUGGCAGUCGGGUAUGGACCCUGGAAUUCAACCCAGGUUUAAAGUUUGCUCUCUAAGAAAUAAUUUAUCUGUCUUUUAAGAAAACUUAGAUGUAGAAUGCAAUACAAAAUUUCUUUGCAUAGAAGUAGCUUUUCAGUAGUUAAAACUUAUUCUUUUGCAUACAUAGUCUUUCCUCUCUCCUGCAAAACAGUUAAGCCAAGUCUUCAGAUCAUUUACUUUUCAGCAAUAUUUCAUUAAGGCUAAGGUUUGCAAAUUUGGUUCCACUCAUUAUUCUACAGUUUUUCAGGGUACAUUUUGCCAAAUAGCUUAACAUGGUAGCAUCACUAUUACUAGAAGCAAAGAUUUUACACUUCUGAGCUAUGACUGUCUCUUUAAAAGAAUUCUGAAUUAUUUUAGGGAAGUGCUGUCUGCUUUAAAGGGUGACAGCCUAAUGAACUGAUUUAAAGAUUGCAAUUUUUAUUAGCUUAAGAUGCCCAUGAAAGGCUGAUAACUCUCAUCUGCCUCCAUGGCUACAUUAAGAGCUACAACAUCCAGGUAAUACAGAGUAAAAACCUUAAGUAGGAAGGUGGUUUUAAUUUUUCACUGUUAGAGAUAAACAUUAGACAGUUAUAAAGCAAAUUAGGAAAAAAAGGAGGUUUGGUGAAAGUUUCACAAAUGAACUAUAGGCCUGCAUUCUAAAGGCAUUUUUGUGGAGGGUGGGGAGAGAAUGUUGAUUUCCUUUAUCAUACUCCCUAAUACAAAGAAGCUAAAAUGUAUUUAUUUACAGAGGUUUUUUUAAGUGACCUUCAAAAUAUAGCCUUAAAAGUAUAAGCAGGCAAGUAAUUGUAAAUUAACCUUAAAAUGUAACUUAAAGCAGCUUUUAAAUGUAAUCUUAAAAUGGGAAGUAGGCAGGGGGGUGAAAACCUUUAGUAUCACAAAAGAGCAAGAUGUAAGUGUAAAGUCUGCAACAAGUAAAGUUUUCAUCUGUGGUCCCCAGACCUCCCAGGUAUAAAUAAAGCCUUUUCAUCUAUCUCCCUAGACACCUGGGGGCACCUUUCACAGGUGUCACCUAGUUCCUAGAGGAAAACAGGAAAUAACUAAAUACUGAGAUUCUCCAAACCUCUGUUGCGUGUUAACUAAAAUGAUUACCUCUCUUGUCUCUAAUGGAUUUAGCCAAUUAAAGAAUCACUUCAGGGAGGUUGCCCCAAACCUCCCAGAUACAGAUAAGCCUUUCAUCUAUCACUUUUUCUGCAUGUAAUUAAAUGAUUAACUCUCUGUCUCCAAUGGGCAUAAAAACCAAUUGAAGAAACACUUGAGGAGGCUUAUUUCUGAAAACUACCCCCCCCCCCCAGCCGUUCUCUCGCUGGAGUAAAUAAACCCUCUUUUCCUUGUCAGUCUGGUUCGGUGUUGACUUCCGUUGGCUGCGCCGAGCGACGAACCCAUAUUGGAGAAGUGCCCCUUCUACAAUUUCAUUUCUUAAAGUGCUUAAACCAUCAUCAAUAAAAACCAAAUGAAAACUUGAUAGACAUGUCUUAAAGAUAGUCUUCAUUUACUAGAAGAGGAAUGUAACCUUUUACAACAAAAACAAAAGCCCAUCAGCCUCCCCUGGGUCAUCAGAUUGAUAAAUUUGUGAAGACUUGUUGGAAGUUUCAGUGCUGAUUUUACUCAGGUUCCCUCCAGGUGGCCCACAGGAUCUUUUAAAAACAAGGCAUCGUGCAUGUGAGUGGUUCUGAGGAAUUAAAUCCUGGUCCAAACUUCCUAUACUAUAAUGAUGUAAAUGUGAUAUAUACAGUGUAUUAACUUUCUGAACUCAGAAUCAGUGCUUUGCGGAACAUGCUGUGGGAAGCAAUUCAGUCUUUUCUGUCGAGAUUCCAUACAAAUUCCAUCGUUAUCUGCAUUUUAAAUUGGUUUAGAAGGCAGUACAGGUUCUUUCAAAACAACAAUUUAGGUGGCCCCCUCAUUCACCUUCACCUUAAGAAAAUUAAGAAUCCAUUGGGGUAUGAACUGUGACACUCAGCGGGACACUGUGGGGCUGACACUGUGGGGUUUUUCCCAUCCCCAUUUUCUUUGAAAGUCACAGUAUAAAGUCUUUGCAACAUUAAAAAUGGAAAUGAACACUAGUUUCCUUGAUGCACUAAUUACCUGAAUACAGAUCUUACCCAUUCAGUUGGUGAACUAGUUAAAUAUUCAAGAAAUGUAGUUUGUAUCUUUGAUGACGACUGUAUUUAUUAAGCCACAUUCUUCUAUUUCCAUAUCAAGAAACAAGGUAACUUCCUGGUGUAAGGAAAAUGUUCAAAAAUAGAUUGGGGUGAUGAAUGCACAACUAUAAGAUGGUAAUUGAACUGUUGAUUGUAGAUCAUGGAUGAUUGUAUGAUAUGUGACUAUAUCUCAAUAAAACUGCAGGGAAAAAAAAAAAAAAAGAAGGUGACUAAUGCCACCUAUCCAACAGCUUCCUAAAAUCCGUAGGACCAGCAUGUUCUUCAGUGGUAGUCUGCUUAGCCAAUGAAGGGAAAUGCCACAAGUGACAAACUUCCCUUCUUUCACCACUAUCCCCAUUCUUGAAAAUCUCAAUGUGUAAGUCUCAUGUAGAUUACAAAAGCUACUAGGCCCCUCUUUCUUUAAGAAUGUAGAGCUAAAGAAAGACUGCAUGUGCAACUCAUACCGUAUUCAUUUAUUUAUUUAAAUUGGGGAUGGAAUGGGAAUAGUAUACAUUUUAUUUGUACAAUAUUUAACAAUCACUUAUCCAAGGUGGGGUUUUAAGGGGAUUUUUUUUUAAGCUUUUUGUUAAAUACUUGCAGAAAAAACAGCAAGUACAAUUUGACAGUAGUACAACACCUGUGCCCAAAACACUGACAAGAAAUACAGAGUAAAGCUAAAAUAACUGCUUACCAAUAUCUUGAGAGGUAACAAAUAGGAUAUGGGUUGAGACUGCAUAAAAAACGUACUGCUGGUUGCAUAUCUGAGGUAAAUGAUGUUCAGUCGAGAUGCUACUUAUAUCAUUUUGCCCA